GGGAGGGGAAUUGCCAGGUAGAGUGCUCAGAGCACUGACUGCACUCCUUUGAGGUAGGCAGUCUUAUCACUCCUAUUUUGCAGAUGGAAAAACUGAGGAAGGAGAGAAUUAGCAGUUGGCCUUAGGCCACACAGAUGAUAAAUGGGGAAGUUGGGAUGCAAACCCAGGCUGUCUGGCUCCAGGGUUUAUGCUCGUAAAGCAUCAGUUGGUUUGAGUGGGAAUCUUUGAAGGAAUGGAUUAUAUUUCUCUUGAAGAAGAGCUUUAGGGAUUGAAGUUACUAUCUGCAAGCAUUUGAAGAGGAAAAGGGAUUUGUUCUGUGCUCGGUCCUGAAAUCCUGGAUGCAUUGCCAAAGCCUCUACAGUUCAGCAUCAGAACAGUUCCUUUUAAGACUGCAACAUGGUGUCCUCCAAGAAAGUCACCCUCUCAGUGCUCAGCCAGGAGCAGUCAGAAGGGGUUGGAGCAAGGGUCCGCAGAAGCAUCGGCAGACCUGAGUUAAAAAAUCUGGAUCCAUUUUUGCUGUUUGAUGAAUUUAAAGGUGGUAGACCAGGUGGAUUUCCUGAUCACCCACAUCGAGGUUUUGAGACAGUAUCUUACCUCCUAGAAGGGGGCAGCAUGGCCCAUGAAGACUUCUGUGGACACGUUGGUCAGUUGAACCCAGGAGACCUGCAGUGGAUGACUGCAGGCCGAGGCAUUCUUCACGCCGAGAUGCCAUGCUCAGAGGAACCAGCCCAUGGCCUACAACUAUGGGUUAAUUUGAGGAGCUCAGAGAAGAUGGUAGAGCCUCAGUACCAGGAACUGAAAAGUAAAGAAAUUCCUAAACCCAGUAAGGAUGGUGUGACAGUUGCUGUCAUCUCUGGAGAAGCCCUGGGAGUAAAGUCCAAGAUUUACACUCGCACACCAACCUUAUAUUUGGACUUCAAAUUGGACCAAGGAGCAAAGCAUUCCCAGCCUGUUCCUAAAGGGUGGACAAGCUUCAUUUAUACCAUUUCUGGAAAUGCAUAUAUUGGGCCUGAUGAUGCACAACAAAAAAUAGAACCUCAUCACACAGCAGUGCUGGGGGAAGGUGACAGUGUCCAGGUGGAGAACAAGGAUCCUGAGAGAAGCCACUUCGUUCUAAUUGCCGGGGAGCCAUUAGGAGAACCAGUUGUCCAACAUGGUCCAUUCGUGAUGAACACCAAUGAAGAGAUUUCACAGGCCAUUCUUGAUUUCAGAAAUGCAAAAAACGGGUUUGAAAGAGCCAAAACCUGGAAGUCAAAGAUUGGAAAUUAGUGAAGAGCGAGCACAGAAGCAGGUCUCGAUGCUUUCUGAAAUUUUGCCAUUUGUCGCAUCCAUUUAGUCAAUGCAUUCAGUUUCCAAAACUGACUUAGCCAGUGCAUCUGAGGAAUUCCACAAACAGUGACAGCAUUGUUUUUAUAGCAAUGUACAUGAGAUAUUUCCUGGCACAUACAAAUAAACCUAACUGUUGCUUCUUUAAAAA